AUGCGAAAGCUGGAGUGGGACGACAUGGGAGUGAAAAUUGAUGGUCGUCGGCUACACCAUUUGCGACUUGUUGAUGACAUCGUUCUGAUAACACCUAGCAUCAGUCAAGCGGAACGAAUGCUGACCGAAUUCGACGAAACAUGUGGAUGCAUCGAUCUUCAGCUGAAUCUGGAAAAGACGAUGUUCAUGCGUAACGGAUGA